UUAGAAUCCAAUUCUCUCAAUCAUUCAUGGAUGCCAUUAACAUUUAUGGAAUUGCCAUUGGCGGCAUCCUGUUACUUCUCGUCGUGGCCCGUUUGAGACCCGCACUCUGUGAUUUGGCUCGUGUGCUCUCUAUUUUGGUGUCAAAAUAUCUCGUUUAUCCAUACAUGCUGAAUCGUCAUCGAUGGUUCGGACCUUGGACCUGGGCAGGCAUCAUCAAAUGUCUAGUGUACGGCGCCUUAAACUGCGUUGUCGUCUUGUACAAUGUCCACACAUAUGAGGAGGCUAGUGCUCAGGCAGGCAGACUUGCUCUUGUUAAUAUGGCAGUCCUAUUCAUGGCUCCUCACCCGAGUGUCCUAGCAGAUAUCCUUGGAAUUUCCCUAGAGGCCUACCAAUGGAUACACCGUGCAGCUGGGUGGAUGACGUGUGCUUUGGUGACGAUUCAUGUAUUGACAAUUCAGCAAGACGUGGACCCAAAACAAGGGGAGAUCCUCUUCGCAAUUAUUGGCGCUGUCUCAUUAGCAAUGAUUAUCAUAUCUACCAUUCCAGUCCUCCAGAAGCGGAUCUAUGAAAUAUUCUUGCGAACUCAUCAGGCCCUUGCAGUCUUAUUCGUUUAUGCUAUUUGGCGCCACUUGCCCUCGGGUUCCAUCUUCCCACGACUGUAUCUCUACGUCCCGUUGUCUAUCCUCUGUUUGAUCGCGGUCUACCAGGUUGGACAGUUUCUAUACCAGAACAGCUUCCUCUCAUCCCGGCCAAAGCCGCGGGCAACAAUUACCUGUAGACCAGUUCAACCACCAAUCGAUGGGAACAAGGAAGGCUCGGGAAAGGAACUGGAAAAAGAUGUCGGGCGCAUCAUAAAGAUUCAUGUUACUCUGGGCAGACCCCUUGGCAUUGGUGCCGGUCAGUGUAUUCACUUGUGGAUGCCCUCGGUGAGCUUUGGUUCUUGGAUGCAAUCACACCCCUUCGUAGUGACCUCUUGGUCACCAGAGAAGCAGACCACGCUGGAAUUUUUUGUCCAGGUCCGUCGAGGAUUCACCGCAACUUUGCACCAACGUGCCUCUGCCAGUGGAUCCGCUUCGUUCUGUGCGUUCGUGAUGGGUCCGUUUGGGAUCAGCCACUCCUUAAGUCAGUAUGAGACCGUCGUUGCUGUGGCCAGCAAUGCUGGUAUUGCGGGCGUGGUACCCUAUCUCAAACAGCUUCUCUAUAGCUACAAUACGUUGACGGCUCAAAUCCGCCGUCUGCAUCUAGUGUGGGAAGUUGACACUCUAGGUAAACAGUGAUCAUUUACACACACGCACAGAGCUAAUCGAUAUAGAUAUGGUUGUUGAAGCGCAGCCUCUACUCAAUGAGCUGCUCAAAGACGACAGUCUUGCCAAUGGCUAUAUAUUUGAAGUAUCGAUGUAUACCGAAGCAGCCCACGAUGACGGAGAAUCCUUCGGGGAACACAACCGUGCUUUCCUAUACCAUGGGAAGCCGGAUUAUAACAAAAUCAUAUCCACCGAAGUGGCAGAUGACUAUAUAGAGAGAAUUCCUAGCACUCCGGACCAGACUGGGGAGAUUCUGAUACUGAGUAUGUCUUUGAUAUGGUCGAUAACUGAUCAGAAUACUAACAUAGUAAAGCUUCGGUGUCAAACAGAUUGAGGGAUCAUUUGAAGUCUGUUGUUCGUGGGUACCUUGGUAAGAAAGUUACUAUGCAGGAAGUGGACUACCAGCCGUCUGAGAUCAUCGCACAGUGAUUAUGGGGUGAUAGAGUUUUCUCCAACCUAAAGCGUUCAUUAGUUUAUUAGUAGAGAUAUAUAACAUUUCCAUGAC